AUGGGGCCGGGGCCCCGGGGCCGCCGCCGCCUUCGCCUGAUGUCGCCGCCGCCACCCCUGCCGUCCGUGCGGACGCUGCCCUUAUUGCUACUGCUAGCGGGGCCGGGGGCUGCAGCGCCCCCUUGCCUGGAUGGAAGCCCGUGUGCGAAUGGAGGUCGCUGCACCCAGCUGCCCUCCCGGGAGGCUGCCUGCCUGUGCCCACCAGGCUGGGUGGGUGAACGGUGUCAGCUGGAAGACCCCUGCCAUUCCGGCCCCUGUGCUGGCCAUGGUGUCUGCCAGAGCUCGGUGGUGUCAGGCACCGCCCGGUUCUCCUGCCGCUGCCCCCGUGGCUUCCGAGGCCCAGACUGCUCCCUGCCAGACCCCUGCCUCAGCAGCCCCUGUGCCCAUGGUGCCCGCUGCUCGGUGGGGUCCGAUGGCCGCUACGUCUGCUCCUGCCCACCUGGCUACCAGGGCCGCAGCUGCCGAAGCGACGUGGAUGAGUGCCGGAUGGGCGGACCCUGCCGCCAUGGUGGCACCUGUCUCAACACACCUGGCUCCUUCCGCUGCCAGUGCCCAGCUGGCUACACAGGGCCACUGUGUGAGAGCCCCUUGGUGGCCUGUGCCCCCUCGCCGUGCCGUAACGGGGGCACCUGUAGACAGAGUGGCGACCUCACCUACGACUGUGCCUGCCUUCCUGGGUUCGAGGGCCAGAACUGUGAAGUGAACGUGGACGACUGUCCAGGGCACCGAUGUCUAAAUGGGGGGACGUGUGUGGACGGUGUCAACACCUACAACUGCCAGUGCCCUCCUGAGUGGACAGGCCAGUUCUGUACGGAGGACGUGGACGAGUGUCAACUCCAGCCCAACGCUUGCCACAAUGGGGGCACUUGCUUCAACACACUGGGUGGCCACAGCUGUGUGUGUGUCAAUGGCUGGACAGGCGAGAGCUGCAGUCAGAAUAUUGAUGACUGUGCCACGGCCGUGUGCUUCCAUGGGGCCACCUGCCAUGACCGUGUGGCCUCCUUCUACUGUGCCUGCCCCAUGGGCAAAACUGGACUUCUGUGUCAUCUGGAUGACGCCUGCGUCAGCAACCCCUGUCACGAGGAUGCUAUCUGCGACACGAACCCGGUGAACGGCAGGGCCAUCUGCACCUGUCCACCUGGCUUCACAGGCGGGGCUUGUGACCAGGAUGUGGAUGAGUGUUCCAUCGGUGCCAACCCUUGUGAGCACCUGGGCCGGUGCGUGAACACACAGGGCUCAUUCCUGUGCCAGUGCGGCCGUGGCUACACUGGUCCGCGUUGCGAGACCGAUGUCAAUGAGUGCCUCUCCGGCCCCUGCCGCAACCAGGCCACGUGCCUCGACCGUAUAGGCCAGUUUACCUGCAUCUGCAUGGCAGGCUUCACAGGCACUUAUUGCGAGGUGGACAUGGACGAGUGUCAGAGCAGCCCGUGUGUCAACGGCGGGGUCUGCAAAGACAGAGUCAAUGGCUUCAGCUGCACCUGCCCCUCGGGCUUCAGCGGGGCUAUGUGUCAGCUGGACGUGGAUGAAUGCGCCAGCACACCCUGCCGGAAUGGAGCCAAGUGCGUGGACCAGCCGGAUGGCUAUGAGUGCCGCUGCGCAGAGGGCUUCGAGGGCACGGUGUGUGAGCACAACGUGGAUGACUGCUCGCCAGACCCAUGCCACCAUGGGCGCUGUGUGGAUGGCAUCGCCAGUUUCUCGUGCGCCUGUGCCCCGGGCUACACCGGCACGCGCUGUGAAAGCCAGGUGGACGAGUGCCGAAGCCAGCCCUGCCGCCACGGUGGCAAAUGCCUAGACCUGGUGGACAAAUACCUCUGCCGCUGCCCUCCCGGCACCACAGGUGUGAACUGUGAGGUGAACAUUGAUGAUUGUGCUAGCAACCCCUGCACCUUUGGAAUCUGCCGGGACAGCAUCAACCGCUAUGACUGUGUCUGCCAGCCUGGCUUCACAGGGCCUCUCUGCAACGUGGAGAUCAACGAGUGUGCGUCCAGCCCAUGCGGUGAGGGGGGCUCCUGCGUGGAUGGUGAAAAUGGCUUCCAAUGCCUCUGCCCACCUGGCUCCCUGCCCCCGCUCUGUCUUCCCCCAAGCCAUCCCUGCGCCCAAGAACCCUGCAGUCAUGGCGUCUGCCACGACGCGCCUGGAGGGUUCCGCUGCGUGUGUGAGCUUGGCUGGAGUGGCCCUCAGUGCAGUCAGAGCCUCGCUCGAGAUGCCUGUGAAUCCCAUCCCUGCUGGGCAGGCGGCACCUGCACCAGUGAUGGAACGGGCUUCCGCUGUACCUGUCCCCCUGGUGUCCAGGGCCGUCAGUGUGAGCUGCUGUCCCCCUGCGCCCCAAAUCCCUGUGAACAUGGGGGCUCCUGUGAGUCUGCCCCUGGCCAGCCGGCUGUCUGCUCCUGCCCCCCUGGUUGGCAAGGCUCACGAUGUCAGCAGGACGUGGAUGAAUGUGCUGGCCCCUCACCCUGUGGUCCCCAUGGUACCUGCGCCAACCUGGCAGGGAGUUUCAGCUGUACCUGCCACGAGGGCUAUAGUGGCCCUUCUUGUGAUCAGGACAUCGAUGACUGUGACCCCAACCCCUGCCUGAAUGGUGGCUCAUGUCAGGAUGGAGUGGGCUCCUUUUCCUGCUCCUGCCUACCUGGCUUUGCUGGCCCCCGCUGCGCCCGAGAUGUGGAUGAGUGUCUGAGCAGCCCCUGCGGCCCAGGCACCUGCACAGACCACGUGGCCUCCUUCACCUGCACUUGCCCGCUGGGUUAUGGAGGCUUCCUCUGCGAGCAGGACCUACCUGACUGCAGCCCCAGCUCCUGCUUCAAUGGUGGGACCUGCGUGGAUGGUGUGAACUCGUUCAGCUGCCUGUGCCGCCUGGGUUACACUGGCGCACACUGCCAACACGAGGCCGACCCUUGCCUCUCGCGACCCUGCUUGCACGGGGGCGUCUGCACUGCCACCCACCCCGGCUUCCGCUGUGCCUGCCCUGAAGGCUUCACCGGCACGCAGUGCCAGACGCUGGUAGACUGGUGCAGCCGCACACCUUGUCAGAAUGGGGGCCACUGUGCCCGGACCGGGGCCUCUUUCUACUGCCUUUGCCCCUCGGGAUGGAGCGGCCGCCUCUGUGACAUCCAGAGUCUACCCUGCAGAGAGGCCGCAGCCCAGAAAGGGGUGCCUAUGGAGCAGCUGUGUCAGGCUGGUGGGCAGUGCGUGGACAAGGACAGCUCCCACUACUGCGUGUGCCCAGAGGGCCACACAGGCAGUCACUGUGAGCGGGAGGUGGACCCCUGCUUGGCCCAGCCCUGCCAGCAUGGGGGCACCUGCCGAGGCUACAUGGGAGGUUAUGUGUGCGAGUGUCCAGCUGGCUACACUAGUGACAACUGUGAGGAUGACAUGGACGAGUGUGCCUCCCAGCCCUGCCAGCAUGGGGGCGUCUGCAUUGACCUUGUGGCCCGCUAUCUCUGCUCGUGUCCUCCGGGAACUCUGGGCGUGCUCUGUGAGAUUAAUGAGGAUGACUGUGGCCCAGGCCCACCCCUGGACCCGGGCCCCCGGUGCCUGCACAAUGGUACCUGUGUGGACCUGGUGGGUGGCUUCCGCUGCACCUGCCCCCCGGGAUACACCGGCCUGCGCUGUGAGGCAGACAUCAAUGAGUGUCGUCCAGGUGCCUGCCAUGCGGCACAUACCCGGGACUGCUUGCAGGACCCAGGUGGGGGCUUCCACUGCCUUUGUCAUGCCGGCUUCACAGGUCCCCACUGUCAGAUUGUCUUGUCUCCCUGUGAGUCGCAGCCAUGCCAGCAUGGAGGCCAGUGCCAUCCCAGCCCUGGCGCUGGGGGAGCUCUGACUUUCUCUUGCCACUGUGUCCCGCCGUUCUCCGGCCCGCGCUGCGAGCGGGUGGCACGUUCCUGCUGGGAGUUGCAGUGCCCCGUGGGCGUCCCGUGCCAGCAGACGGUCCGUGGACCGCGCUGCGCCUGUCCCCCGGGGCUGUCGGGUCCCGCCUGCCGGGGUUCCCGGGGGUCGGCACUGGGAGCCGCCAAUGCCAGCUGCGUGACCUCCCCCUGCCUCCACGGGGGCUCCUGCCGCCCGGAGACGCUGGCGCCCUUCUUCCGCUGCGCGUGCGCGUCAGGCUGGGCUGGGCCGCGCUGUGAGAUACCUGCAGCGGUGCCCGAGGCCCCCGAGGAGCCGUCUUGCCCGAGAGCCGCCUGCGAGGCCAAAAGCGGCGACAAGCGCUGUGACCGAGAGUGCAACAGCCCAGGCUGCGGCUGGGAUGGCGGCGACUGCUCGCUGAGCGUGGGCGACCCCUGGCGGCAGUGUGCGGCGUUGCAGUGCUGGCUCCUCUUCAACAACAGCCGCUGCGACCCCGCCUGCAGCUCGCCGGCCUGCCUCUAUGACAACUUCGACUGCCGCGCAGGCGGCCGGGAGCGCACCUGCAACCCGGUGUAUGAGAAGUAUUGCGCGGACCACUUUGCCGACGGCCGCUGCGACCAGGGCUGCAACACAGAGGAGUGCGGUUGGGAUGGACUGGACUGUGCGGGUGAGGUGCCAGCUCUGCUGGCCCGAGGUGUCCUGGUGCUCACUGUGCUGCUGCCGCCGGAGGAGCUGCUGCGCUCCAGUGCCGACUUCCUGCAGCGGCUCAGUGGCAUCCUGCGCACCUCUCUGCGCUUCCGUCUGGAUGAGAACGGCCAGGCUAUGGUCUUCCCUUACCACCGGCCUGGUCCUGGCUCCGAAUCCCGGAAUCGGCGGGAGCUGGCCCCUGAGGUGAUCGGCUCUGUGGUGAUGCUGGAGAUUGACAACCGUCUGUGCCUGCAGUCGCCUGAGAAUGACCACUGUUUUCCCGACGCCCAGAGUGCGGCAGACUAUCUGGGAGCGUUGUCAGCGGUGGAGCGCCUUGACUUCCCGUAUCCACUGCGGGCGGCACGGGGGGAACCGCUGGAGCUGCCAGAGCCAAGCGUGCCGCUACUGCCCCUGCUGGCUGCGAGCGCCGUCUUUCUGCUGGUCAUUCUCAUCCUGGGCGUCAUGGUGGCCCGCCGCAAGCGUGAGCACAGCACCCUCUGGUUCCCCGAGGGCUUCGCGCUGCACAAGGAUGCUGCAGCUGGCCACAAGGGCCGGCGGGAACCCGUGGGCCAAGACGCUCUGGGCAUGAAGAACAUGGCCAAGGGUGAGAGUCUGAUGGGGGAGGUGGCCACAGACUGGAUGGACACAGAGUGCCCGGAGGCCAAGCGACUGAAGGUAGAGGAGCCUGGUGUGGGAGCUGAGGAUGCUGUGGAUUGCCGCCAGUGGACUCAACACCACCUGGUUGCUGCCGACAUCCGUGUGGCACCAGCCAUGGCAUUGACGCCACCACAGGGUGAUGCAGAUGCUGAUGGCAUGGAUGUCAACGUGCGUGGUCCAGAUGGCUUCACCCCGCUAAUGCUGGCCUCCUUCUGUGGGGGGGCACUGGAAGCAAUCCCAGCUGAGGAGGACGAGGCAGAAGACACGUCAGCCAGCAUCAUCUCAGACCUUAUCUGCCAGGGGGCACAGCUUGGGGCUCGGACUGACCGCACGGGUGAGACGGCCCUGCACCUGGCUGCCCGCUAUGCCCGGGCUGAUGCGGCCAAGCGGCUGCUGGAUGCUGGGGCAGACACCAAUGCCCAGGACCACUCAGGCCGCACCCCCCUGCACACAGCCGUCACUGCUGAUGCCCAGGGCGUUUUCCAGAUUCUCAUCCGGAACCGCUCCACAGACCUGGAUGCCCGCAUGGCAGAUGGCUCCACAGCGCUGAUCCUGGCGGCCCGCCUGGCAGUGGAGGGCAUGGUGGAAGAGCUCAUCGCCAGCCAUGCCGAUGUCAAUGCUGUGGAUGAACUCGGAAAAUCAGCCUUACACUGGGCUGCAGCUGUCAACAACGUGGAGGCCACCUUGGCCCUGCUCAAAAAUGGAGCUAACAAAGACAUGCAAGAUAGCAAGGAGGAGACUCCGCUGUUCCUGGCUGCCAGGGAGGGCAGCUUUGAGGCUGCCAAGCUGCUGCUGGACCACUUUGCCAACCGUGAGAUCACAGACCACCUGGACAGGCUGCCGCGGGAUGUGGCCCAGGAGCGGCUGCACCAGGACAUCGUGCGCUUGCUAGACCAGCCCAGUGGGCCCCGUAGCCCCCCUGGCCCCCACGGCCUGGGGCCCUUGCUCUGCCCGCCCGGGGCCUUCCUCCCAGGCCUCAAGGUGGCACAGUCCGGGGGCAAGAAGAGCCGGAGGCCUCCUGGGAAGGCGGGGCUGGGGCCUCAGGGCGCCCGGGGGCGGGGCAAGAAGCUGACCCUGGCCUGCCCGGGGCCCUUGGCGGAGAGCUCGGUCACGCUCUCGCCGGUGGACUCGCUGGACUCCCCACGGCCCUUUGGUGGCCCCCCCGCGUCCCCUGGCGGCUUCCCCCUCGAGGGCCCCUACGCGGCUGCCACGGCCACAGCCGUGUCUCUGGCACAGCUUGGUGGCGCAGGCCGGGCAGGUCUCGGGCUGACCCCCGGGAACGCCGUGUCCCCCCAGGAGCGGCCCCCACCGUACCUGGCAGCCCCAGGACAUGGCGAUGAGUUCCCCGCGGCCGGGGCCCACAGCAGCCCCCCAAAGGCCCGCUUCCUGCGGGUCCCCAGCGAGCACCCUUACCUGACCCCAUCCCCAGAGUCCCCCGAGCACUGGGCCAGCCCCUCACCUCCCUCACUCUCGGACUGGUCCGACUCCACGCCCAGCCCGGCCACUGCCACCGGGGCCACGGCCGCUGGGGCACUGUCUGCCCAGCCGCUCCCCAUGUCGGUCCCUGGCCCUCUUGCUCAGUCCCAGACCCAGCUAGGGUCCCAGCCUGAAGUCACCCCCAAGAGGCAAGUGUUGGCCUGA